CUCUGUGCAUGCGACAUGCCGCUGAGCAUCCACCCGUGACCAACGAAGUCAAUGAUUAUAGGAGAUCUGCAGCGCCUUGAUGUAAACUGCAAGGAUGACGAUUGCACUGCUUCUACUGUAAUCAUCCCAAUUCCACCAAGUAAUGCGAUCAGAAGGCUGGUUCUGCAUGAUGAGAUUGCGUGGCUAGGUACGCUGGGGACGGUACCGUAAGAGUUAACGUUAAGGCUUGUUGUGCAAGGCGGCUAUGCUACUUGGGUCCCAAAAUAAUUCAAUGCAC